AUCAACGCCCGCGCAUCACCCCGCUCGUCCCGAGAGACGACGCCUCUUUCGCAGAGAGAACGCGGUGAACCAUGGAUCAGGAGUACGACGCCAUCAUCCUCGGCACGGGCCUGAAGGAAUGCCUCCUCGCGGGCCUCCUCUCCGUGGACGGGAAGAAGAUCCUCCACAUGGACCGCAACUCGUACUACGGCGGGGAGUCCGCGAGCCUCAACCUGAAGCAGCUGUACGAGAAGUUCAAGCCCGGCCAGGAGUUACCGCCGCACUACGGCCGGUGGCAGGACUGGAACUUCGACAUGGUCCCCAAGUUCAUGAUGGGCAACGGGCUCCUCGUGCGCGUGCUCGUCCACACCGGCGUGCACAAGUACCUGGAGUUCAAGGCUGUGGACGGGAGCUACGUGGUCAAGGGCGGCAAGACGUACAAGGUCCCCGCGAACGAUAAGGAUGCGCUCAGGUCGUCCCUCAUGGGCAUGUUCGAGAAGUACCGCGCGCGCAGCUUCUUCAUCUUCGUCCAGGAUUACGAGAAAGACGACCCGAGGACCCACAAGGGGUACGAUCUGGACGUCAUCACCUCGCGAGAGCUCUUCAAGGAGUACGGCCUGGACCCGAACACCGUGGACUUCAUCGGCCACGCCCUCGCGCUCCAGACGGACGACUCGUUCAUGGACCAGCCCGCGAGGAAGAUGGUGAUGGCGGUCAAGCUCUACUCCGAGUCCCUCGCCAGGUUCGAGACCAACAGCCCGUACAUCUACCCCCUCUACGGCCUCGGCGAGUUGCCCCAGGGUUUCGCGCGUCUGUCCGCGGUGUACGGCGGUACGUACAUGCUCGCCAAGCCCGACGCCGAGGUGGUAUACGACGAGGCGGGCAAGGCGUGCGGCGUGUCGUCCGAGGGCGAGACGGCCAAGGCUAAGUACGUGGUUGGGGAUCCGAGCUACUUCCCCGGCAAGGUUCGCCGGGUGGGCCAGGUGGUCCGCGCCAUCUGCAUCUUGAGCCACCCGAUUCCCAACGUGGGCGACUCGCACAGCGUGCAGAUCAUCAUCCCGCAGAAGCAGACGGGGCGGCAGAGCGACAUGUACGUGUUUGGGUGCUCGUUUGCGCACAACGUGUGCGCCAAGGGCAAGUACCUCGCGUUUGUGUCCACCGCGGUUGAGACGGCUAACCCGACGGCGGAGCUCAUUCCCGGCCUGCAGCUCCUCGGCGCCAUCGACGAGUACUUCGUGCAGGUGAGCGACGUGAUGGAACCGGUGAACGACGGGUCCGAAGACGGGUGCUACAUCAGCAAGGGGUACGACGCCACCACCCACUUCCAGUCGACGGUGGAGGACGUGCUCGAAAUGUACAAGAAAAUUACGGGCAAGGACGUCAACCUGGACGCGGACGAUCCAGCCGCCACCGCGGGGCAAGAGCAGUGAGCGAAUGUACACAGCCAAUUCUUUGUUAAUACAAGUAACACUUAUGCU